UACCAAAGAGGAAGAAGGUUGCAAGAGCAAAAUGGCAGCCUCAAUUGAGAGUUUGUUCGUUGAAAUAGCAAGCCUUGAAGAGCCUAUUGAAGAGCUGCAAACUUUAAAAACGGCCGUUUUAUCAAUACCUGUAAGCGCCCUUAGGGAUACAGUGAGUGGACUCCGGCUUGAAGUGAUUUUCUCUCUUUUGAACACAAAUGACAGAGAGAAAAUUGAGCUAUGCGUGGACAUCCUUGGUCGAAUCCUGCUCGCCCUCAGCCCUGUCCACCUGGCCCAAAACUGCAGAGUGGAACUUCAGGCUGGACUGAAACAUCCUGAUGACACAGUCAAAAUACUGGCAUUGACACAAAUUGGUAGAAUGGUAUUGAACCAUGAGGCAGUAACAGAAAUUCAGAACAACCAAGACAUACUUCGGGAAGUGAUCUACUGCAUCAAAGGAGAGAAGAUGACAGUGGCCAAAGAGGCAGUACGAGCUCUUGCCAAACUUAGCCACUCCAAAGCUGGGUUAGAUGCUCUAUUCAGGAGCGACUUGCUGAAAGACCUCAAGGAUGUGAUGGCUACAAGUGAUAUUGUCAGAUACAGAGUAUAUGAGCUGAUAGUGGACAUAUCGUCUGUCUCUCCUGUCUCCCUGGGUUACUGUGCCAACAGCAGCUUUAUUUCCCAGCUACUGGGAGAGCUGACAGGAGAUGAUGUACUGGUCAGGGCUACAGCCAUUGAGAUGGUGACCACACUUUCCCACAGUCAGCAUGGGCGCCAGUACCUGGCACAGCAAGGCAUCAUGGAUAAGAUAUCCAACAUGAUCACUGGAGCAAAAUCAGACCCCUUCUCUAGUUUCUACCUGCCAGGGCUGGUGAAGUUCUUUGGGAACCUGGCCAUCAUGGACAGUCCCCAGCACGUGUGUGAGACCUACCCGGCUUUCCAGAACAAGGUGUUUGAGAUGGCCAUCGACCCAGACCCUGUUAUGACUGGAGUGGCUCUGGACACACUGGGGGUCCUGGGCUCCACUGUGGAGGGGAAACAAGUCCUGCAGAAAACAGGUGAGAAGUUCAAUGCUGUGCUGAAGAGAAUGAGCCAGCUGGCCAGCGGUGGAGCCACCGAGCUGCGAGUGCGCUGUCUGGAGGCCAUCUCACUCCUAAUCACUCUGCAGGCUGAACAGCAGACAGAGGACCUGCUGGUUCUAACAGAGUCCUGGUUCCAUCUGCUGUCUAACCAGCCUAUGGAGAUGAUCCGGAACAUCAGCAUCCAGCCCUUCCCUGAGCUCCACUGUAGUGCUCUACGUAUAUUCACUGCGAUCGCUCCCCAGCCAUGGGGUCAAAGGUUAAUGAUUGGCACGCCAGGGUUCAUGGAGUUCAUUGUCGACCGUUCGACUGGUCCGACCAAGGAAGCGAAGGAUGCUAAGUUUGAGCUUGUGGGUGCGCUGGUGAGCUCUUCCACAGCAGCGGACAUCUUGGGUAGCCAGCACUACUUACGCCUGCGGUCCUACCUCCGAGAGGGAGCGUACUAUGUGACCGCUGUGGCAACAGUGACCACAGAGGGAGCGGACUGAGAGAAAUGGGGAAAAUGUCAAAUUACACGCUAUUCCCGAUAUAGUACACUACCUUAGGCCCUAAUCAAAAGUAGUGAGCUGUAUGGAUAGUAGGUUUAACUUGAGACUGCUACCAGACCAGGACCAACGAGACUCAAUUCUUGUUAUUUUAUUAGAUCGCCUGAGAUGCAUUUACUGUUACUUUUUCUAAGUGGAAUAUUUGCCCUUAUUAAAGAGGAAGCAUAUUGAAAAUGACAA